GCUGCUGCUGUGCGCGCCCUCCCUGCCCCCUGAGCGCCCGGCCGGCAGCGCCUCCGAUCUCCCCGUCUGCCCCAUGAAGCGAUGGCAGCGGCCAAUUUCUGCAAGAUCCAGAUAGGGAUCUACGUGGAGAUCAAGCGCAGCGAUGGCCGAAUUCAUCAAGCUAUGGUAACAUCCCUAAAUGAAGAUAAUGAAAGUGUAACUGUUGAAUGGAUUGAAAAUGGAGAUACUAAAGGCAAAGAGAUUGACUUGGAGAGCAUAUUUUCACUUAACCCAGAUCUUUCACCUGUUGAAGAUAUUGAACCUAGUCCAGAGACACCACCACCACCUACUCCAGCAGCCAAAGUAAACAAAAUCGUGAAGAGUCGACGAACUGCGGCACCUAUUAAGAAUGACAUUCCUGCCAGAGAUAACAGAGUGGUUGGUUCUUCACGUCUGCGGCCUACUCAGCUUCCUGAGCAGUCUUCUUCCUCACAACAAAAUGGUACUGUUUCAGAUAUAUCUCCAGUUCAAGCUGCAAAAAAGGAAUUUGGACCCCCUUCACGUAGAAAAUCUAAUUGUGUAAAAGAGGUUGAAAAAUUGCAAGAGAAACGUGAAAAAAGAAGGUUACAGCAACAAGAACUUAGAGAAAAAAGAGCUCAGGAUGUUGAUUCUACAAACCCAAAUUAUGAAAUUAUGUGCAUGAUAAGAGAUUUUAGGGGAAGUUUGGAUUAUAGACCAUUGACAACUGCAGAUCCUAUCGAUGAGCACAGGAUAUGUGUUUGUGUACGAAAACGACCCCUCAAUAAAAAAGAAACUUUAAUGAAAGACCUCGAUGUAAUAACAAUUCCUAGUAAAGAUGUUGUGAUGGUACAUGAACCAAAACAAAAGGUGGAUUUAACAAGGUACCUAGAAAACCAAACUUUUCGUUUUGAUUAUGCCUUUGAUGACACAGCUCCUAAUGAAAUGGUUUACAGGUUUACAGCUCGACCAUUAGUGGAGACCAUAUUUGAAAGGGGAAUGGCCACUUGUUUUGCAUAUGGACAAACAGGCAGUGGAAAAACCCAUACUAUGGGUGGUGACUUUUCAGGAAAGAACCAAGAUUGUUCUAAAGGAAUAUAUGCACUCGCAGCUCGAGAUGUCUUUUUAAUGCUAAAGAAGCCAAAUUAUAAGAAGUUGGAACUUCAAGUAUAUGCAACAUUUUUUGAGAUCUACAGUGGUAAGGUUUUUGACUUGUUGAACAGGAAGACAAAAUUAAGAGUGUUAGAAGAUGGUAAACAGCAAGUCCAGGUGGUGGGAUUGCAGGAACGGGAAGUCAAAUGUGUUGAAGAUGUUCUUAAGCUUAUUGAAAUAGGCAACAGCUGCAGGACAUCUGGCCAGACAUCUGCAAAUGCACACUCAUCUCGAAGCCAUGCAGUGUUUCAGAUUAUUCUCAGAAGUAAAGGGAAAUUGCAUGGUAAAUUUUCUCUUAUUGAUUUGGCUGGCAAUGAAAGAGGAGCAGAUACUUCCAGUGCAGAUAGACAGACACGACUGGAAGGUGCUGAAAUUAACAAGAGCCUUUUAGCACUUAAGGAGUGCAUUAGAGCCUUAGGCCGAAAUAAGCCUCAUACACCAUUCAGAGCAAGUAAACUUACUCAGGUGCUGAGAGAUUCAUUCAUAGGAGAAAACUCCCGUACCUGUAUGAUCGCUACAAUUUCUCCAGGGAUGGCAUCAUGUGAAAACACUCUAAAUACACUGAGAUACGCAAAUAGAGUAAAAGAAUUUGGAAUUAGUCCUUCGGACAUUCCCUUCUCACAGGGUAGUGGCAGUCGCUCCGAUCUCUCUCCUUCCUAUGAGUAUGACGACUUUUCUUCUUCAGUCACCAGGGUGAAGGAGCUGAUGGUUGAUCCUAGUGCUUCAGGAGAUAUCCGUCCCAUUAUACAUAAUGCUCCUAAUCAGAUGGAUGACUUAGAGACCCAGUGGGGUGUGGGGAGCUCUCCUCAGAGAGAUGAUCUCAAACUGCUUUGUGAACAAAAUGAAGAGGAAGUUUCUCCACAGUUGUUUACUUUCCAUGAAGCUGUGUCACAAAUGGUAGAAAUGGAAGAGCAAGUAGUAGAAGACCACAGGGCUAUCUUCCAGGAAUCUAUUAGAUGGCUGGAAGAUGAAAAAGCUCUUCUUGAGAUGACAGAAGAAGUAGACUAUGAUGUGGAUUCUUAUGCUACCCAACUUGAAGCAAUUCUAGAGCAAAAAAUUGAUAUUCUAACGGAACUUAGAGAUAAAGUGAAAUCUUUCCGGGCAGCUCUACAAGAAGAGGAACAGGCUAGUAAACAGAUCGACCCGAAAAGACCACGUGCCCUUUGAAGUGGGUCUUUGCUGCUAAAGGAAUCCAUGAACUCAUACUACUGU